GCUUGCGCGCGCACUGCAUCGAACUGUCAAAAAGUUGCUUCGAAAAAGUGCAUUUUCUGUCAAAGUGUCAAACAACCAUCAUCAUCAUCGCACUGCAGCGAAAGAAGGCAAAAAACGUCGAUAUUCAGGAAAGUCGUGAUUUGUGCAGGGAUUUUGGGGAGGAAAUUUGCUCGUAAUUUGGCUUGGAAAGCGGGUUUCGAAAGGGCUAAGAGACCGAUCAGCAGCCUAAGAGCAUGGACUCCUCGGCAAUGUCGCUGAAAUCCACGGAGGACAUUCCGCUGGCGGACGACGAUCUGGAAGUGAUCAUCAACGACGACGACAGCUCCAAGUACAUGCAGAACGGGCGCUCGCUGGACUCGAUCGCCAGCUCGUACACCAACGGCAACUCCAGCCCGCGGCACUUCCUCGAGGGCGGCGAGUGUCCGGAUCCGGACGAGCAGGAGGAACGCGCCCGGCUCAUUUCGCAGGUGCUGGAACUGCAGAACACGCUGGACGAUCUGUCGCAGCGGGUCGAGAGCGUCAAGGAGGAGAACCUGAAGCUGCGCUCGGAAAACCAGGUCCUCGGCCAGUACAUCGAGAACCUGAUGUCGGCCUCGUCCGUCUUUCAGGCCACGAACCAGCAGGGCCAGGCGUCCGGUUCCGGCUCGUCGUCCUCGUCGCAGAAGAAAAAGUAAGCUUUCCUCGACGCCUCGAAUCGCAGACCAAAGAAUUCUCAAACGCAGAAGAAAACGGAGAAAACUAAAAAAAAACUCGUUCGAUUUCGUUUACGCGCAGGAUAACAACACACAAAACAAGUCCGUUUUAUUUACAUACUCACAACUAGAGAUUCGUCGCGUGCGCGCGCGCUGGUGCUAGGCAAUUGCGAACAAAAAAACACACGAAACAAAACGCUUUGUAAAGACACACUCAACACACACACACAGAACAGACACAGACUUGUAGAAGAGAUUCGCGGAAUCGCGCUUAUUUUUGCCCGUAAGAUAUAAAUCAAAAAAGAAAAAAAAAGAUAGGAAGCAUGAUGAGAUUCACGUGCGUGGAGGCGCUUGUUCCACGCGCAGGCAAACAAAACUGCAUGUAAUUUAGUUUAAACAUAUGUGUAUAUUGAAGGAAAAAUCAAGUACUGCUAAUUCGAUAAGUUUUUAUUUUUAUAAAAAGAAUUAAAAAACAAACAAUAUAUGACACAUAUAUUUAGCCAUCACUAUAGUCUGGUCGCAGUUAGGCAUUACGAUUAGUGUUUAUUAUUUAGUUUCGUUUCGUUUACUUGUGUUAAAUAUCGAAAACCCCGUUUUGUGUUCCUUCACACAAAAAUUCUCGAUCCUCAAAUGAGCAUUUAUUAUCUCUCUUCUUAUCCAGUGACAGUGAAGCAUGAGCGCUCUCCAGUUUUUCCUUAGUUUUGUAAGCUUAAAGAUUUCCUCGAAUGAUUAACGUAUUUAGUUUAUUUUUUUAAUGUGCUUUUAAAACUUGAGUUCUUUUUAAGUUUUAUGCAUCCUACCUGCUACUACAACUACUACUACUAAUGUGAUUCGAAAUAGUAACAUUCACUCACGAUUAUAAUGAAAAUAUUAAAGAAAAAAACAAUGGUGUAAUAAAUAAAUUCUUCGCUUUUUCCACAAA